GGCCCUGCCGGGCGUCGAGGACUUCAGCUGCGUCCGAGCCAUGGUGGCUCUUGAGAACCCGGAGGGCGGCCGGGAGGCAGCGAAUGCGGAGAGCGCCCCGGGUGGGCUGCGGCUGCUGCCUCUUCCGGGCUGCCUGCCCACUCUAGCCGGCUCCCAGGUGAAGAGACUCUCAGCUUCCAAGCGGAAGCAACACUUCAUCAACCAGGCUGUGAGGAACUCAGACCUCGUGCCCAAGGCCAAGGGACGGAAGAGCCUCCAGCGCCUGGAGAACACACAGUACCUCUUGACCCUGUUGGAGACAGAAGGAGGCCCACCUAGCCUGGAAGAUGGGGACCUGGCACCUCCUGCAGCACCAGGCAUUUUCGCGGAGGCCUGUAACAAUGCAACCUAUGUGGAGGUCUGGAAUGACUUUAUGAACCGUUCUGGGGAAGAGCAAGAACGGGUUCUCCGCUACCUGGAGGAUGAGGGCAAGGGCAAGCCUCGGCGGAGGGGUCCUGCCCGGGGGGAGGAUCGGAGGAGAGGUGGGCAUGGACUGGGGGUUCCUACCACAGCUGCUCCACACUGGGCUCUUGCAGAGGACCCGGCCUACACACCCCGUGAAUGUUUCCAGCGCAUUAGUCGGCGGCUAAGAGCCGUCCUCAAGCGGAGCCGCAUCCCCAUGGAAAUGCUAGAGACCUGGGAGGAGCGGCUGCUGAGGUUCUUCUCUGUGUCCCCCCAGGCCGUGUACACGGCCAUGCUGGACAACAGCUUUGAGAGGCUCCUGCUCCAUGCUGUCUGCCAGUACAUGGACCUCAUCUCAGCCAGUGCAGACUUGGAGGGCAGGCGGCAGAUGAAAGUCAGUAAUCGCCACCUGGACUUUUGGCCGCCAGGGCUCCUCCUCUCUGCCUACCUGGAGCAGCACAGCUGAUGGCAUCCAUGCCCCUACCUGGUGCCCCAUAUGGCUCCCAGACUUCUGAUAUCUUCUGCUAAAUUAUCUUCAAUAUUUUUAGAAUUCUUCCUUGGAAACUUGCUCUUUCCCUUGGGGUGGUCUCGCUUACCUUUGCUCCCUCCUCACCCAGCUCUCUGCCAUAAACAGUGCUGGUGGCUGGGACUACCAAGACCAUCUUAGCCAUUAGCACCCUGCUCUGGGACUUCUAUUUGGGUAGGGAGACCUGACCUUGGCACUUUGGUGUUUUUUUCUUUAACUUUUUUUGCCCAGUCUGAAGCUCAAGUGAGGAGGGAGAGGCUGGGUUUUUUAAAAUCACUUUUAAUGAAUUUGGUGUGAUUUGUUGUAGAUUUUUAAAUUUCUCUUUUGGAGAGAAAAACCAAAAACUUUCCCCAUCUGGUAAUUUGUGGGACUUGGUUCCAGCCCUUGUUCCACCCCUACCAGUUUUUAGAUUGAAUGGUGGUGGUGGUGGGGUGUCUCUGGGACCCUACCAUUCACCCCAAAGGCAUUUUGUCUUUGUGUGUGUGUGUCUCUGUAUGUAUGUGUGCGCACAGUACCUUGUAACCCAGGAUGGAAGCUGCGUCUUAAGGGCUGGUUUUACCCUCUCUUUGUUCUGUUGUCUUUCCUCACCCCCUGCCUUUGGCAGCUCUGGGGGUCCUGCCUGAUCUCCAUGUCUUUCGUACUUUUCUCCCUUCUCCCUGUUUUCUGGGGGUCCAGGACUUCCAGCCAGAAGCCUCUGCCUUCAGACAACCCCACACAUUCUGUAUCCCCUCUGCACCCCCAGCCUGGCGCUAGCCUCAUGGCUUGGGCUGCUCCCUUGGUGGUUCCUUGGUCUGGGGGAAUUCUCCCCCACCUCAUGUGUGGGUAGCUAUCCUUUGGGAGAACAUGGAAUGUUCAAUAAAUUUCUGGUGCUCUGGC